AUGAAAUUUCGUUCAGUAGCUUUCUUAUGCUGCAUAUCACUAUGCAGUAUCUUAAUAGCAGUUUUAUGUGACUCUAGCACAGACGGCAAAUGCAAAAGUCUUGUGAAUUCUCCUUUUAACAUCUGCAUAUCAGCGGGCUACAAUUUUUCCUUCUCUUUGCCUGAGAAGCUAAACAAGCCUGAAUUUGAAGACGUGUUAGCGAGCGCCUUGAAAACUGCCAUACAAAUAUGGGAAAAAUGCGAAGACCUCAACCUGGUGGUGACCAUGGAGUGCUCGAGUACGUUUCCUAAGUGUGGCAACGGCGGAAAGCGUGUGCUUCCUUGCAAGCGCGUAUGUGGAGAGCUUUUGAAGAAGUGUUUGUACACUGAUUUUCGUGGAUCUAGCUUCAUGCAAAAGUACAUGGAGGAAUUACUCGCUUUGUGUCUUAGUCUUCCCGAUGAAAGACCAAGCGACGAAAAGUGUGUCGAGCCGCCAAACUUCAGAACAAACGACAGCAUACCAAGUAAGUACCGAUACUUUUAUAAAGUGCCCAAUGCCAGAAGGGAGACGAGGGUGUUAGAGACAGGGUCCGCGUAUAGAAUCUUGGUUAUGUUGAAAAGGACAUAAGAGACGUUUGCAGUACGCUUCAGUUUUAGCAAAAGAUGGUGAUGGCUCAGCCUACUGUACGAAAAAAAAUUAUAUCUUAAAUUUUUUGGAGGAAUUUCAAUGUAUAUAUCAUUUUAUUAUUCUGCUACAAUUUUGUUGUGUAAUGGGAAGGAGUCCUAUAUUAUGCUGUUUUGAUCCAAGGUGCGUAAUUGAUCCUUGCACGAGAAAACGACUCCUAUGAAUUACUGUCGAUACUAUGUGUGUAGGUCAUGACUUCCGGAAAUCACAACGUCUUGUAUGUAUGUCAAUAUUGUCGAUUGAUUGGGGUGAGUGACGAGGUGCCAUAAACUUGUGACUGUUCACAUAUUUUUCGCCCCAGGUAAGGUACCCUGGGUGCCAGAGGCUGUCUUCUACCUUCGGCCAAACACGUGUCGGCCUGCAGCCAACAAAACAAAGCUCCCCGUCGCACGCGAGGAAAAAACUCUGUUACCCAGGGUACAUGUAAGGGAAUCUGGGAAAUUUUUGCUUGUGGAUUCCAGAUUCCUGGGCUUUGAAUUCCGGAAUACAGCUUAAGAAAUCCGGAAUCCCACUAACGAUUAGAAUCCAGAAACUAAGUUUCAGUGACAAGGAAUCAACCUGAAUCCAAUACCUGCAAUCCGGAAUACACCUUAAGUAAUCCAGAAUACCGCAACGAUUAGAAUCCGGAAUCCAUGGCGUGGAAUCCAGAAUCCAAGAGUUUCAUGGAUUUCCUUACAUGGGGCGAUAUUUUGGGAACGAAAAUCAAUGUUUACAUAAUGAUCCGCUGCUCAUGGGGUUCCAAAUGCAAAUUUGUUCAGCUUUACGUUCCUACUCGCGAAACGUCCCCAGCGGCGAAGAGCGAGGAGAAACGGCUGUUUUCGCAGGCUAGAACAAUUGAUGUCUUUCUCAUCAGUCCAAGCGUCAAUCGCUGUCGUUUCGGCACUGAAAGUGUGGAUCUAGAGAACAGAAAGCUCGUGAACGACGCGAGACAAAACAAGAGCAGGAAACCCUUGGUUGCCGCCACUUUUAAGCCUAAUUGGAGCUCAGAUUCCGCGCGCAAAAAACCAGAACGGUACCAAGUUUUGGUCCCAAGAAAUCUCUUUGCCCAUCGCACGCGCACCUUCCCCCCCUAUCUCGUCGUUUUCCUUUUCCUUCUUUUGUUUUUCUUUGUUCGCUGUUUUUUUCACCCUCGCUCCACUUUCUGAACGCCUGGAACAGCCUACAUCCCAACAACAAAUUAGAGGUAAAUAGAAUUUUAAUUAAGGAUAAAAUUCAUAUUGCCGAACAAAAUUCCAUCUUCGACGUUUUCAAGUGACUAAAGCCUGGCAAUGUCAUCCUUACUUGACCUUAACCGAAUUUAAGCGCUUGUCUAUUUGCACCUCAAGGUCUCUAACUGCAUCUUUUAGGACGAGAUAUUUUACUGAGAACACAUUUACAGAGGGUAUCUUUGCUAUUCUUAUAAAUGAUGAUGAUAAUAAUAAUAAUAAUAAUAAUAAUAAUAAUAAUAAUAAUAGCACCUCAUUGGAGCUUUGAGGAAGGGGCUAAAAAGAAAGGUCUUCUCAACGACCUAGAGCCCUUUAAAAUGCCAGAGCGCGUCUGUUAGCCUCUGCAAGAUUACAAAGGGUAUUGAACAUCACGUGAUCGAGGUUGAAUAUGAAAGGUAAAACGUCUCGUUUUAUGCUACGCUGAGGGGCUUUUUAAUUCCCAGUCCCAACAUUGUCUCAAUAUUAUCUAAGCAUUCGCUGAGACUGUUUGUUGUUGCAUUUGAUAUUUUCUUUUUUAUAUAUAAAAUUAUAAUAUAAAUUCACGUUUCAAAGGGAUUGGCCGUUUCUUAGACAGCGGAAAAGAUUUCUGUCCGGGAUAGUUCGCGAUGAAAAUUAUAAUGACGCUUUUUGACUCUUUUUCCUGUUCUUCUUUUAGGUCCCCUGGAUCGUGGGUGUCAAGAGUUGAUUAUUCCCGCUUGCAAAGACUUGGGAGUUUACUCACACACUCAUUUGUCGGAGGAGGUGCAGAAAAUGAUUUACGGAGAUUAUUGGGGAAAAACUUAUAAUGGAAGUAUUCUACAACGAAAUUUUUCCAAGAGGCAAGAAGAAAUUUUAGCCAAGUAUCCGAAAUGUCGAAAAAACAUAGAGAAGUUAUAUUGUGGAAAGCACUUUCCCCCAUGUUUUCUGCAUGAAACCAAGCGCGUCCUUAAGACUCCCUGCAGAUCGCUUUGUAAAGACAUCGCAAGAGACUGCCCAGGUUAUUUUUCCAGGUUAGUAAAUUAAGUUGAAUUUCGUGCAAUAUCAUUUUCAUCGUUUUGAUAUUUGUGAGGAAUUUUUUACGGUUAACGUUUUUCACGACGAUAAAUCUGGGAUAAAACUGUUAAUUGAUUUUUACAUCUAACGAGUAGCAAUAUGUUGUGCCCAAGUACUAACUGUCUUUCAGUGCAUCUAAAAUGACAAAAAGAGAUCUUAGAGCUUCUACAUGAUGGUUCGUUUUAUCCUAAACGAACACACGUAAAACUCGUGAGUAAUGACCAAUGUCUAUCCUUGAGGUUCCGGUUGUUGCGCUACCGCACCGGAUAAAUUACUAUCCAGCGGAUAUAAGUACUAGGAAAACCAAUAGACCUUAUUCACGAUACCCGUUAUCUUUGCACGCGCUAAAGGAUCGGACUGAUGGGAUAAUAGCGAAGUCAAGUGGUUUCUCAGGGGGAAAACAAGUGAUUUGCCAAUGCAAGAAGCUGAAAUAGCGGUCGAGUUAUUUAUUCGAAACAACAGAAAAGGAAGAACAGUUCAUCUUGAAGACGGAUAAUCACAAAUUAUGGUUGGAAGUGAUCAUAUUUUCUCUCUUAGGUGUAGUAGCGACCAAUUAACAAACUCGACCGCGAUUUCUCGUAUUGACAAAUUUUAUCACUUGUUCUCAUGUUUGUCCCUGAAAUACUACCAAAUUUACUGAAGCAAACGUACCAGCUCCACCCUUAAGACCACCCAAGCUGCCUGUGCGGAUUACGAUCAUAACCGAGAUUAAAAGCUCAGUAUGUUACACAACUUGUACUGGAGAAAGGCAUAUUCCAAAUUGUCAAAAAUGUUGUUUAAUCUUCUUCACAGUCAUAAUGAAACUGCUGUGUCUGUCCUAUGACCUAUAUACACCUUUUCUACAUAUCGACGGACAUUCAAGUCCUAGCAGUAUGCAGGAUGUUUGUCACAUUUGAACAUAGUUUAGUGACCUUAGCUCCCUCGAGUCUUCGGUAGCUUAGUGGUAGAGCAUUUGGACUAAUAGCCAGAAGGCCAUAGGUUCUUCUCCUAUUGGGACUACUCGGAUUUUUUUUUUCCGAGUCGCCUGUAUAAUUGUAGUCUGCUACACAGCCGUUUUUAGUGUCGUCACGCAACGCUCGUCCCCACUAGUACAGUGUGGAGGAGCGUUGUGUGACGACACUAAAAACGGCUGUGUAGCAGACUAGUAUAACUGAUUCCCACCUAUUUUCUCCUGUGUAGAGAACUUUCCUACAAUGAUACAGUAUAUUGUGGUUCACUUCCAGAGGGAGCCGAAGGUGAAUUGUUUUGUGAUUUAAAAGAAUGGCCUUCUCCAUAUUAUUGGGUUAAUUUUUUCAGAGGUCAGUAGUUUGUUCGUUUGUUUGUUUAUUUGUUUGAAGUACUCAUAGCCGGAUAGACAGACACAUCAUAAGUCCCGGGAGUCCAGGCCUGUAAUUUUGCUAAUGCCUAGACGGGAUUUUCGUGUACUUUGUUCAAAAUUGAUAUAAGUUCUUAACUAAUUAAAGGUAUAUUUGGAUAUAAGGCUAUUUAAAGUACUGGGCCCAGUUGUUCGAAGGCCGAUUAGCGCCUAGCCCAGGGUAAAAUUUAACCGGGGUUUAUUUUUCUUAUGUUCAAAAGCAUUUUCUUGGAUAAUUUUCUCUGUAAUUUUUAGAACUUCCAACCAUCAACUUGUGGACAAAAAUAAUUGAAGCUAAAAUGCUUUUUAAACUUUCAAAUCUGAAUUCAAAUCUCGCACUAACCCUGGGUUAUCUUAAACCAGCUUUGAACAACUCGGCCCUGAAGCCUUGUCGGAACUAAAGCGUUGAUAAAAUGGCUUGUCGGAAUGUGCCAUAUUUACAAAAAUUGUCAACUAAAGUGCAGUAAACUGGCAGGAGCCUGAUUUUUAAAGUAAAAUUUUGGGGUUCACUGAAAAAAGGAAUCUUCUUUGAAUUUAAUCUUGAGGGUUAAGAGAUGCUUUUCCGCUAGUCCAUUCGCUGAGCAGACUGAAUUAUAUGAAGGGUUUAUCAUGCCAUUUUCCCAACAGCUAAAAUGAUUUAUCAUGGUCCAUAGAUAGAUUGAAUGUCAUUAUAGCACUACUGUCUCCGUUUUAGCUAAAUGUGUGCAUUUGAAGACUACGCCCUAUGACAGCCAAGCACUGUUAAAUUUGCUCUUUACAUUAAAUUGAGUUGUGCUGAUUGCAUGGGCUUUGAUAGAAAGUGACAGCAAAAGUUUUGGCAUUAUUCGUCAUUACGGUCAUUACGAGCAUUUUUUACUGGCAUAAUUAUUUUAUCAACAUUUUAGCUUGUUUUCCGAAAAUAGGUAAUUCAUUGAUCAUUGAACCAAUUCUUUUUGCCACGACAUCAGUACGUGUUACAAGUAUUUCUUUAUUUCUUUAUUUUUUUUUUAAAAAAAAAGUCAGGUUUUGGAAGAUGUUUGCUUUUUUGGCUGAGUAUCAAGUGAAGCAUGUGCAAUUACAGUUUCUGGUUCUACAGACCGGAAUAAAUUUCUUGAUGGACCACAGGGAUGUUCCAUUUAUUACCACUUUGCAUGAUUUACAAAAUAUGGCAACUUCUAGCACAUCAAGCUCGUUUUUACCAGCACCAUUUAUCAAAGCUUACAGUUUAUGCAUCAGCCGUUUGAACCCGUAAACGACAGAGGCUAGCCAAACGGGACUCUGUUUUUAACAUGCAGACAUUCGCGCGAAAAAUUCGUUUGCUUUUAUCCGUGCGUUAUAGGACGUGCAGGUUCCCACACAGUUCGCCCGACACCAUCAUCAACACCAUCAACAAAAGCACCACUUAUGCAGUGGCCGACAGGAGUUGCCACCCUUACCACAGCUGCAGUUGACGGGGAUACCACUCCUACCACAGCUGCCUUUGAGGGUCAGUAGUUCUCGAUACAUUUAGCCUGCGCGCGUGACAGGCGUUUGAACAGGAAAAAAUGACAGAAUUAGGUAGCGCUAUAGAGGGCGAUAGACCGGGCUCUGUUUGUGCUCCUGUUAUUAUUCUUCCCUUUCCUUUCAAUUUCAAAGGCAGGCUACAUGGUUCGGAGAAAUUUUAAAUUUUAAACGAUGGAAAGUGAAGCAUGAAAUAGAUUGAAAACUGAUUGUUAGGUCAUCUUUGCAACUUUCCCUUUUGCCUAGAAAAAAGUAUCGCUCGCUAUUCUUGUAUAGCGGGAUUUAUAACUAUUCCAAAUACAUGUACAAAAUAAGGACAAAUCAUAGUAUAUUGCUAUACUAAGGGCGCUUUCCAAAAGUCAAAACUAGCCGGCAAGACCGGUUAUAUUGAAAUUAAAUAUUUAACAAUUAAUGAAUGAGGCUGAGUAUCUUAUAAAGAAUUAUGGAGAUCGAGCAGGGUGUUAUACGUCGAGGCCGUAGGCCGAGGCCCUCCGAGAUCUCCAUAAUUCUUCAUAUGAUACGAAAGCCGAAUUCAAUAAUUGUUUUAUUAUUCAUUCAAAAUAAUUCCUAGUUUAAUAACAUAACUAAAACAUGCUAACCUCCAUCGAUAAUAAAGACUGGGACCCUGCCUAUCCGUAAAAAAUGCGACCUUGUGACCCUGUCACGCUACUUCAACAACAGCCAGUCAAGCCUUAUAACCUAUAACCUAUCGUGACUGGAUUUUCUUUUCACAGCCCACCCGACAACACAUUCGCCACCAUCCGAGGAACUACAUCAACACGGACCCAAAGGGUGGGCCAUUGCUGUAGCAGUGAUAGUGACCUUUGUUGUUGUGGGUCUCGUGUUGGCAGGUUUGAUCUGGUGGAAGCUUAAGUGGCGUGGUACAUCACCUUUUGCGGGGUACCAAAAACAGCCCGAUGAAUCUGGCUUUGAGCUGUAG